UUACUCGUCUCCGUCAUCUGUGCGCUCGUUUCUUGCUUCGGCUCGAGUCGGCCCGGUUCGUCGUACAUCGAGUCGACUCGGUUUCGAUUCGGCUUGAUUCGUCCGUCUACCGCCGCUCUCGCACUUUCGAUCUUAAUUUCGAUCUCGGAAGAAAAAUCUCUCGAUUCUGGAAUAAUCCGUACCUCUGACGUUCCGUAGGAUUCAAAUCUCUAUUGCCAAAACAUUUGCAAAUGUUUGAUCCCGUGGAAAAUUGGUUCGUGUGACUGACACAUGGGCACGUGUCGAUAUUGAAAAUAAUACGUGCUCGUCGAUCAAAUCAUCUUCCGAAAUAAUUCCCUACAAACCUAAAAAUCCCUAAAAAGAAACGCCUUAGGUGGGUGGUCGGGUAAUUUAAUUGCCGCGUUUUGCAUUCUUCAAAUCGGCGGUGUUGACAUCUAGUUGAUAGUUGGUGUUUAGGCGACGAACGAGAUUUGGCGCGGAUACGCGAAUGCGCGACAGUGGCGAGAUGCGCGAGCGAAAUCGAAAGGGUGGAAAAGAGAUAAGAGUAACGGAUCCAGGUUUAGAGCAACGAUCGUUGGUUUUUUCAUAGCUAACAGCGUGGUGGUCGUCGACGAUGCCGAAGAUAACAAAAUAAGACAUCUGGCUUAGUAGCGUCGCGGCUCGUCGCGUCGGCUAGUUUGGCCGUAAAGCGUCUUCACCUCCUUCGGAGGACAUGCAAGAAAUAUCCGAGACAGUGCGGCAAAUCGUCGAAUUCGAGGAUUUAGUGUCGCGAUUGAAUCGAAUAAACGACGUUGGACGUCCGUUGACCAAUAACCGUUCCGUUAUCGAAGGAAGAAUCGGGACCACAAUUACACUACCAACAACAACUAUAACGGCUACGUUAACGAGAACGACGUUAACGACGACAAAGUCGUUGUCCAAUUGGACGAGCAAUACUGGCUCGUUGCUAGGUCCGCGUUAUGUAGCUCCGGGAUCAGUGCCUGAAUUUGAAUCGGAAUCGGUAUCAAAAUUGGGUACGGUGCCUGUGCCGGCGUCGGCGCCAACGUCGACGUCGGCAUCGGUAGAGUUUGCGAGCAAACAGCAAUCACCAUCGUUUAGCCCGAUUCCAUUGUCGUUAUCGUCGUCCGCGCAUUCGGACAUCGAAUCUGCCGUAAAGUCCGUCGUUGAUCGAGCGUUCAAUUUCUCGUCUACCUUGGAUCGUCGACGGAAAGACGGGAAGGUUGGACAACGUGAGCAAGAGCAACGCGUGCGCGUGAACAUCGGUAUCGACGAGGAUCUGCGCAUGAUCCUCGAAAUGGAUCCGUCGAUCGUUGACGGAACGCUGACUUCGUCUCCGUUGCACGGCAAUUCUCGGAACAACGGUCACGUUGCGUUUGCCCGACCAUUACGAUCUACUCGCCCACAAGGCUGUCCACCGACGUUUAAAACUGCGACGCCCACAUCGCGUACGCAACUGAAGCUCCAGCUGAUGCGAGAGCAGCUGCAGGAGCAAGAGAGGCGAGAGGCUGAAUUCCGUCAGAACUUGCAGCAACAGAGACCAACUACCGCCCCUCCUAGACCCGUACCCACUACUACGCUGUCGACUAUCGGGGUAGAUGUACCACCGCAAGUCUUACAGGUAUGUAUGUACGAACGCUACUGGAAAAUCCGACGCGUUAUCACGUUGUUCAGAAGCAGAAGAAUCAAGUGCGACAGUAUCUUCACGAGUCGUUUCGCGGCAAUGGUACCACUGGGGACGAAAGCGUUCUCGGAAGAAACUCGGUGGAAGCCGUGCCGACGUCUGCGCCGAUGGUGGUCCAGAGCGCACCACCGGGACCAACCGUACACCAUCCAAAGCCACAGCAUCCUCACCUGGCCUCGUAUCCACAUGGUCCCACGGUAUUGUCGCACGUUAACCCGCUUGCGGCCAGUCCAGAUCCUGCGACUGGUGCCAUGUCACCAGGACUUUCCAGUGUCGCAACCAGCAACUCCGAGAUAUUAUGAAAUCGUGCGAGACGUCAGGCCAAACAAGGGAACGAUUCUGAAGUCUUCGGUCGAGUACAUAAAAUUGUUGAAAAACGAGUUGACAAGGAUGAAACAGAACGAGCUGAGACACAAGCAACUGGAACAUCAGAAUCGUCGACUCCUUUUACGAGUUCAAGAGUUGGAGUUGCAAGCGAAGGCGCAUGGUCUUCCGGUGACUGAUUUUAGCUGGGCUUCGACUUCCGGUAGCAUGCUGAACACCUUUCCUCGAAACAAGCUCGAACAACGCAAGAUUCCAGAAUUGGUUACGGAAGAAGCAACGAGCUUAAGCAUGUCGCAGCUCGAAGAUCUGAUGGAGGACGAUGGAAACGGUCCGAUUCAUAGCGGCGACCCGAUGCUCUCCUCGCCUCAUUUACCGCCACUAAGUCCGGCACAGGCUGGCUGUCAACAUGCCCUACCAGACGAAGAUACCCUUGGUAGUUUGGCGCCAACCACACCGAAUUCCUCCUCCGAUAUGGACAUCGUCGCGUAAUAGGAUCCGAGCGUUAAUAGCGCUCCGAAUAAUCAAUUUAUAUAUUUUUCAAUCGGAAGGACAUUCGAAUUUUAUCGUAACAAGAAAGUAACAAACGCAAUAUAAUCGAUACUAAGCGAUGCAAUAGACGAAUAGCGACUCGCGAACGUCGCAUCCUUGUGUCUGAUUAACAACAUACGUGUUAUGUGUUGUUCUUGUCCUUUUUUUCAACGGCUGGCCGUUACAUACAUACGUAUUAUAAAUCGUAAGUCUAUGUAAAAAGAUACUUAGUAUAAUCGUAUAAUAAUUCUUCAGAAAAUUCACGUACUUUCACGCAUUCAAAUAGUUCCAAAAAGCAAAAAGGUUCUCGAACUCGUAUUCGUAUGGUUGCUUUCGAUGGCAACCAUCGAUCCCUCACAGGGACAGUUCAAAUACUUAUGGGAUAUACGUAAUGAAUAACGGAUGCGAUCAGCACCGAAGUUUUACGAUAAAUAAGCGCUCGCGCAGGUCGCGAGUUCAUUGACGAACAAACAAACAAUUGAAAUAUACUUUAAAAUACUUUUUGGAGUUGUCCAAAGUUACGAGAAAUACUUUGGAUGUUCCUUUUAAUUUCUAAUUUUUUUCUUUCCCAGUUCGAUUACAGUCAGCGUUUCACUGUAUUGCAUUAUGUCGCGUUUCAUCGCAUUAUUAGGAGCAAAGCAUACUGCAAUACUCGAACCGGUUCGUUCAAGUGCCUUUUAAUUUUUUUUUGUGUCACUCUCCUUCGCUACCCAUUGUCUUAGCUGUUCGUAAUGCGCGAAGAGAAUCAACUGCGUGUUUCAUCGUGCAACGAUUUCGUUGACCAUUUUUAAUGAUUGUUCGUUUCUUCCUAUAAAAUUUCUCGAUUUAAAAAGACAUUAGUGAACGUACGUUCAGAUAUAGAUAUAUAAUGGCGAGUACGGGCUAAUUAAACUUGACAAGUAGAUCUAAGAUGAUAAUCGAUUAAUUAGAAAAGAGACGAUUCGAUAACUCGAAGGAAAACUUGAACAAGUGCUGUAAACAAGAUAAGAGGAGACGAUUUAUUGAAAGACGAAAACUUACGUAGGAGAAAAGCCUGCGACAGAAUAUAUAUAUUUUCUAAAGUAUUUUGCGUCGGAAACAGCAAGUGAUUAAUGUUACUGGUGAAUAAUGUAUGCUCUUAUUCCAUGGAGAUGUCUCGUGCGCGCGAAUAAUAUUGCUGUUCCCGUCGCUCUGUGAUCCUUUUAAUAUAUGUAACUAUCGCGUUUUACCUCGUUAAUGCGUAUUAUUCGCUCACUGUUAUCCGCGAAAACCGUGCGAGAAUCUCGUGAUAAUUCUUCACGGUGACCGCGCGAAACUACAGAGUAUAUAAAGAGACGUUACAGAAAAA